CCCGCCUCUCUCGGGGACGCGCCCGGAGCCCCGCCCUUCCUGCUGAGCGAAGGGCGGAGGCGGGUAGAGCUGGGCCUUUGCUGCUGCUGCUGCCGCCGCUCUUCCUCCUCCUCUUGCCGCUGCUGCUGCUGCGGAUUCGGGUGCCGCCGCUGCCGCCGCCUUUCCCUCUCCCUCUCCUUCCUCCUCCUCCUUCUCGUGGCCGGACAGGGGAGAAAACGAAGAUGGCGGACCUGGAAGACCAGCUCUCUGAGGAGGAGAAGGUGAGGCGGGUGUCGUCGCCCUGUUGGAGGGGGGGGGGACGGGGCUGCGUCGCGAGGGGCGGCGGUUGCUGCGCCUCAGCCUGAGGGGGGCUUCCUUCCUUCCUUUCCCCCGGCCCCGUGAAGAGGAAGGAAAUGGGUCCCUUGUCAGCCGGUGGCCGGGCAGCGAGAGGAGGAAGGCGGCUCUCCUCUUUCUCCUCCUGCUGUCCGAGGGCCCUUCCCGCCGCUCCUUGUACGGUGCGAGCGCUGAAAAUAGGCUCCCGGCGCCGGGCUGGGGCUGCGGAGGCAGGCGGGGCAGAUCCGGUGUCUGCUGGGCGAGACUCCCCUCCCCUCGGCUGCUUUCUUCUUCCUCCUCCUCCUCCUCCUCCUCUCGGCUUCCCCCUCCCCCUUCUCUGAAGGCCCGAGCUGAUGGGUGGAGGGGGCGGGAGGGCUAAGGGGUUUUGCCUCUUCUUCCUCCGCGGCCGGCUCUUCCGGGUGCGAGUUGGGCAGGGCAAAUCCCGCCACCACGUCGAGGGCUUUUGGGGUGGGGAGGAAGAGAAAUAAUCAUAGGGUGUUUCUUCUGCUUCUUCGUCGUCUUCUUCAUGGAAUUGUAGAGUUGGAAGGGAUCCUGAGGAUCAUCUAGUCCAGCGGUUCCCAACCCUUUUUUUUGCCAUGCCCCCACCUUCUUGUUUAGUCGUUUGGUCAAAUUCAUGUUAGUAGCUUCAAGAACACUGUCCAACCAUCUCGUCCUCUGUCGGCCCCUUCUCCUCGUGCCCUCCAUCUUUCCCAACAUCAGGGUCUUUUCCAGGGAGUCUUCUCUUCUCAUGAGGUGGCCAAAGUAUUGGAGCCUCAGCUUCAGGAUCUGUCCUUCCAGUGAGCACUCAGGGCUGAUUUCCUUCAGAAUGGAGAGGUUUGAUCUUCUUGCAGUCCAUGGGACUCUCAAGAGUCUCCUCCAGCACCAUAAUUCAAAAGCAUCAAUUCUUUGGCGAUCAGCCUUCUUUAUGGUCCAGCUCUCACUUCCAUACAUCACUACUGGGAAAACCAUAGCUUUAACUAUACGGACCCCACCUAAGCAUCUCUAAAAUCCUGAUGCCCCUCCCCCCAUGACACAUAAUUCUUAUUAUUCAAAAGGUGAACUAUUCACGUGGAGGAAGCCUAAAAGGCCAUUAACUUGGUCUAGACAAGCUUCCAAAUUGUGCCCCACGUUGGGAACCAUGGAUCUAGUCGCAGCACUUGGGGUGGGGGGUAGGGAGGAAGAAAAAUAGUCAUAGGGUGUUCCCCCGCCCCAUGGAAUUGUAGAUUUGGAAGGGAUCCUGAGGAUUAUCUAGUCGCAGCACUUGGGGUGGGAGGAAGAGAAAUAAUAGCAGCAUCAGAGCAGAUUGCACAUGCAGGUUGCAUGCUGUAUUCAGUUGGAGUGGUAUUUUUUUAUUAUAAAGUGUGGGUCUUCUGCCCCUUUUCUUCCAUGUUUAGUUCAUGGAUAAAUUCUGAUGCAUUUUACCUAUAGUCCCUGAGAAGGAUGGGUUAUUUCUGAUUCAUUAAUACAUGAUCAAUUAAUUUCAUUUCAAGUGUGUGGUGUAAGAGCUCUGCUUGAAGAAAGGGCACCGUCUGUCUCCCCUGUCGCACAUUCUAGGGCCUAGUCCUGUUAAAUCGGGUUUUGAGGAAGGGUUGGUUGGAGUGGUUUGUGCUUCUUUAUCCCAAGCACUGAGUAGCCGAAGGCUUUGAAGCAUCUGAUUCUUUCUUCAUUCAUGGGUUUCAUUCUUUCAGCCUUGCCCAACUUAAAGAUGCUCUGUAGACUCUUAGAUAUGAGGGCUCAGUGUGACUUUGGGGAGGCGGAGUUCACAUGUUACAUAAUAGGAAACUAAUGUUUGCCACCAAGCAUACUUGUGGAUCCAUCUUUCUGGCAAGUGUACUUGUAGCAUGUGCACAUGUUUACAACAGGUGUCUGUCACUUGCUUCUGCUGUACUUUUAGAUUUCCGUUUGAAGUUGCACCUUAAAAUGGAAGUUCCUCCACAGUACAGUGGACGCUCGGGUUGCAGACAUGAUCCGUGCAGGAUGCACGUUUGCAACCUGCAGGGUUCGCAACCCGUGUCUGUGCAUGUGUGGGUUGCGAUUCAGCACUUCUGUGCAUGCGCAAAGUGUGAUUUAGUGCUUCUGCGCAUGUGCGACUGCCGAAACCCGGAAGUGACCAGUUCCGGUACUUCCAGGUUUCAGCAGUCCGCAACCCGAAAAAACGCAACCUGAAGCGGGCGCAACAUGAGGUAUGACUGUAUCUGGAAAGGGUAAUUGUGAGUCUACUUUGCAUUGUCAUCUGUAAGAGGGGAAUCCUUCAUUUCUUUUAAAGGCAUGAUAAUUACUAUAAAUGUCAAUUCCUUAUUAUUGAAUUCCACUGCCCUAUGGCAGGGAUGUCCACCCGGUCGAUUGCGAUCUACCGGUCGAUCGUGGGGUGUCCCUUGUUGAUCCUGGUCGAUCGCAUGAUCCUGAUCAAUCUUCAAACACACACACAACUUUGGCUCAUCCUUCCCCCAAAAAGCUCAACAACUUUGGUCCAAUCAAUGGGUAGAUCACUACCAGUUUGUUUAUAGUGGGAGUAGAUCACAGUCUCUUGGAAGUUGGAUGUCUCUGCCCUGUUGUUUAAAAAUGUGUACCUUUAUUUUCAAGAGAAAGUGCUAGGCUGAGGAACAGCAACACAUAAGUGGCUUGCUCACUUUCGUCUCUCCAUUUGAGCUCAUAUUAACUGCAGUUGAAAAUGCAAGAGAUUUUAGAGCUAUUGGAUAGUGGUCUAAAUAACAAGACAAUGAUGCACUGUUUACAUUGUCUUUAGGUAUUACACUAUCACUUUCCUAUCAUCAAGUUUUCAAGACAGAGCUAGCUACAGAAAAAUGUGUAGGUCUUCAUGAAAAGCUUUUUACAGCUUUGCAUCUUAAUACAAGAAAAUUCUGGUGUGCAAGGAGAAAUUUUUUAAAAAGAAACUAAAAUAGCUUAAGUGACUCAUUCUAGUUCCUGUGGGUAAUUGUGUGCAUACAGUUCAAAUGAAAUUUGUUGAGUCUUAAGUUCUGUUUUCAGGUCUUGUCAAGACAUGCAAAGAGGUCUCCCUUCUCUAACAUGGUCUUCAAUGGCAAUCCUAUGCCACCAUAUACUUCAGAGUUAGCCUUAUUGAACUCAGAUCGACUCAGUAUAAGAUUUGGCUGUGUAAGGUAUUCUUUCAUGUUGCCUUAAAUUUCUAAUGAUACAGUUGUGCUGUGUAGUUCUGUUUACAUGCACCCCUGCCCUGAGUAAGGAGGCAAUGCAAUGCCUGCUUACAGAAAUCACUUUCUUUCAGUAAUUAUUAGCUAGACACAACCUUCUUAUUAGGUUGAAUAGAAUAAAAUAAAAGGAAGUUGCCUCAUAAUUUCUUCCUUAAUGUAAUAGAUUUAUGUCAUGUUAAAUCUGUUACAUCUUUAAGUGCCACAAGGUUGUUCUCGUUACAGUGGUAAUGCUUCUUAUUCUCUUGUGUUCAUUAUCAUGUUUGAUAGCCAGUGUAGCACCUUUAAGACUUAUUUAAUACGAUCCCUCCUUGGUGACUCAGUCAGGAUUUUAGUGGCCACAUUUUGCACUAGCUGUCAUGUCUGGAGCACCUUAAAGGGUAGACCCUUGUAGAGUGCAUUGCAAUAAUAUAACCAAAAGUCUGCCAGAGGGUGGAUCACUGCCAGCAGGUCAUUGCAGUCCAUGAAUGGCUAUAACUGGUGAACUAAUUUAUUGAAGGAAGGCACUGAAGUGACCUGAGCCUGCAGUGGAAAUGCUGGAACCAUGAAUGCCCCCAAGCUAUGUACCUGAUCUUUAAAGGAAAGUGCACCCUGUCCAGAAUAGGUAGUAUUCCCUAUUGCCAGGUAUAAUAACCAUUGGCCCACAGCACCUCUAACCUGAUUCAGCUUAAUUUAUUUAGCCCUCCAGCCCAUCACUUACCCUAGACAACAGUCCAGCACUUGUACAGCCUCACCUGAUUCUUAGAGCAUGGAUGUAGAGCUAGGUGUCAUUGUCAUACCAAUGGCAACUUCCCUCCUACAGCAGAUUCAUAUAUAUGUUCAAAAGCGUGAGGGACCCCACAUCAGAAUUGCGAAAGGGUUGAGCAGAAGUCUCCCAGCUAUCUCAAAAUGACCUGGAAGGUAGGAGUGAAUCACCACUGCACCAUGCCUUCCACUCCCAAAUCACUGAGCAUCUUGAGGAGGAUACCUCAUUGAUCGUAUCAAAAGCCACCUGAGAGAUGGAGAACCAACAGGGUCACACUCCCUUAGUCUCUCCCAACACAGGUCAUCAAUUGGUGCCAAAAGUGUGCCUGAAGCUAGAUUGGAAUAGGCUCAGAUGAUACAGUUCCUCAGAGCACAUCUGAAGUUACAUGGUAACCACCAUCUCACGCAUCUUGCCCCAAAUGUACGUCACCAAGUAGAAAGUGCACCCCAGAACAACAGAAUUAUCUUUCAUCUCUCGGUUCAGUCUUGCUCUAGAAGAUUGGACAUUUGCUCUGUCAUCACACGGUCCCUGGUGCCAACUAGUUUGCUUUGUUUUGUGUUUAGGGAAGUAGUACAAAAAACAUAAAUGAACAUGACCAGUUAGCGAUUGCUUAUUAACCUAAGAUUCCAGUAUAUAAAUAAGCUUGAUGAGGGAAGUAUGUAUAAAUAGAAACAAAGAAAACCCACAAUAAACCCUGCAUAGGUAUUUUCUGUAGCCUUUUCAGAAUUCCGGUAGAUAAAUGCAUAUGAGACAGAAGCUGCAGCAAGUGAGAGCCUUGGCAAUUGUUUCUGCAAUAUAUCUAGAAUACUUACAUUUUCAUUUGGAAACUGAAUUAUAAACUUCUCUGCUUGGCUGAAAUGGAAAUAAGAUGCUGAUUAAGAGAAGCAGUAUUUGACUUCUUUCCAAAUUAGUAGAGAUUUACAUUGUAAGGGAUAUUCUCUGAAAACUGGGCUAUGAUAGCACUCAAAAGCUAUAUUGCUUGCUCUGGGGAACCCAGCUCCUGGUACAAGGCAGUUUUCAUUUGAGAUACUGCUUUAUUAUGAAUUUCCCUUUUCUUAGUUCUAGGCUAGUUCACUUGUUCUUUUGCCUGCUACAACAAAAAUUUAGUUCAGAAUUUAAAGUUCUGUGGCUGAGACAGAAGUACACCAUUGAGGAGGAUUUGUCUUAUCAGUGUAAGAAUGUUGACUUAGAUUCUAGGAUAAGUGAACAAAAGAAAAUAGAAGGUUUCUUAUACCUUUCUUUGGCCUAUCUGCAUCCCACUGAAAAGUCUCUUGGGCGGGGGUGGUCUUGAACAAUGUAUAAAUGGGGCUCGGGAAUGCUGAGGAAGUGGGGAGUUAACCAAAGCUGAACUGCCUUUCACUCUCCUCCUCCAGUAAAGUCUCUCCUUUGGGAAGGGCAGUAGAUCAGCAGUAGAACGUCUGCUUUGCAUUCAGAAAAUCCCAGGUUCAGCUUCCAGUAUCUCAAGUGAUGGGUGAGAGAGACCCCCCAGUCCGAAACACUGGAGAGCCACUGUCACCUAUUGAGCUAGGUGAACCAGUGCUCUGACUUGUUAUAAGGCAGCUUCCUGUGUUUGUAUGCCACAUGGUUCUGGAAAGCCACUCCCAUCACUCUUGAAGAGGCUAUUCGGGAUGAUAAAGGCAGCUGCAGAGGCAAGGAGACUGGAGACUUUCCUUCUGUGAACUUUCCUUCCAUUCAUUUACCUUAGAAUAUCAUAAGCUGUCUUCGCUGUACACUUCUUUAAAAGGGGAAAUGCAGAUGCAUUGAGCAAUAGUUAAGGGUGUGCUUGAUGGAAAGAAUUUGAGGAACUUCCUGUUUUUCCGAAUUUGGGGCACCACUUUGAUUGUAUACUAAAUUCUCCUGCCUCAUCAGAUUUCACUGGCUUGGGUCAGGCAUAACCAAGAUUUGUUUGGGAGGAUCAGGAGCAAAUCCUGUAUACCUUCUCUCCACUUUCACGUUUGGCUAAAUGAAUAACUUCCUGGUUUUCAGAAACGUUAGCUGUGAUUACAUCUGAACUGGAAGACCACAUCUUGCUUACGCCCUGUAAACCAGGAUUAAAUUGUGGAGGGCUUGUUUGUUUAUUUGAGGGAAUCAAAAUAGUUCCCCUAUAAAUACUUUUCACGAAAGGGUUAUUCACGCAGGCACUUUGAUUACCGUCUCAGAGUUCCAUUCAUUGGGACUACCAUGUAGAGGCUGUGCAAAAUCCUUCUUGGAAGUCCAUUGGUACCUUGGGUUACAAACGCUUCGGGUUACAAACUCCGCUAAGCCGGAAGUAGGUUGAGAACUUUGCCCCAGGAUGAGAACGGAAAUUGUGCGCCGGCAGCAGCGGGAGGCCCCACUAGCAAAAGCGCGCCUCAGGUUAAGAACGGUUUGGGGUUAAGAAUGGACCUUAGGAAUGAAUUAAGUUCGUAACCUGAGGUACCACUGUAUUUCUGUUCUUGAACACUUUUACACCUUAAAUUUUAGAGUGCUCCUGAGUGAAUCCAGUGCCAGCCACUUCAGAGCUUCCGAAUGGAUAGGAUAACUACCAAAAGCAGCACAUUUGGUGCCAAAUUUAAAUAGCGCUAAAGGGAAACCACGCUUAUAAAUCAGCAGGAGUGCACUCUAAGGCUUCUGAUGGUUUAUUUGUAGUCGUAGCCUUACGUGUCCCCCACUUGUCUUAUGAUGUCCCGUACCUGAUGUCAGGCAAUCAACAAGUGGGCAUUGUGGAAGGAAAAUGAUUCUGCAGACCAGAUUGGGAGGCCUGGUGAGCCUAAUUAGGUCUGUGGGCUGGAUGUUCUCUGCUUGGGACUUCUCGCCUUCAUGAGUUGUGCACCCUGUUGUAGGAAACUUGACAGUGGCCAAAAUCAAGGUGAAACAUGCAUACUGUGUUUUUACAUGGCAUGUUGCCAGUGCUAUAGACUUAAAGAUUCCUACACUUUGCAGAUACCAUAUUGAGGAACCUUUGCAUAUCUUCCAUCAGCAUAUCCACUCAAGGGAUAUGUAGGGAAGGAUUGGUCAUGACGGGCAAAUUGCCUUCCAGGAAAUCUCAUUUCCCAUAAAUGAUCUUACUGAGGAAUCCUGGGGUUUCUAGGAAAUGGAUAUAGUUUGAAAAACACUGUGCUUAUUCAAAGACUGCAACAAUUACAUUUUCACAAGGUCUGUUCCAGGAUUCCCAGGAAUUUAUAAGUGUCUGUCAUAGAGCAUUCUUCCUUUGGAAACACCAUUACACAUUUUCUUGCAAGCACUGCUAUUUGAUCCUUUUCAGAAUCCAUUUCCAGAUUGCUGACUGGAGCAAACUAUUUGGUUACUAGGACAGGUAAAAUUUCAAGUCUUCUGUGUUUCGGUUUAAAGUAUUAUCUGAAUAAAUGGAACAUGGCAAGCAUGGCAGGGCGAGGAGAAGUGCUAUAGAAAGGGGGCUGAUAGAGAUAAAUGGUUAACUAUAUUGCUGGUUAUACAUUCAGGUACGUAGUCGUGUUGGCCUGACGCAGUCGAAAUAUAUAAAAAAAUAGUCCAGUAGCGCCUUAGAGACCAAAUAAGUUUGUUCUUUGUAUAACCUUUCGGGUGCAUGCACACUUCUUCAGAUACGAAGAAGAUUUAUAUUGCUGGUGUAUUUGCUAUGUAAUGUUGUCAUAUUUAAUGUGAGAAGGUCCGUGUGCUUUUAGGAAGGGAGAAUUUCCACCACUGUAGCACUCCAGAGCUGUACUUGCUGAAAUUCUGUGGAACUACAGCAAAUGUAACUUACCUGUCCCAUGUUGAAUCUGACAAUUGUAUGAGCUUGGAAGAUAUAUAGGGUACCUUAACAUAACUGAACAAACUGCAAAUGUAAAAUUUGAGUAUAGUUUAUUGUAUCAUUGACCCUCCAGUUCUUGACCAUUGCUUUUGAUUUUGUUGACAUAUUUAAUAUUAUCUUCCAUCACAGAUCUCAGGUCAUGGUUCAGUAAAAUUAAAUUUAAAACAACAAUACAAUAAGGAAACUGAGCAUCUAAAACAAUUGCUAUAUUACACUGCAAAUUGGAUUUUUAUUUAAGUCUGAGCUGACAAUUAAUGACCCACAAAUGCGCAAGAAAAUAACCAUGUUUUAACUUGACACCAAAACAUAAAAAUAGUUGGCACCAUCAGUGAUAUCUCAGAGGGGAGGACAGUCAGGGUACCACCACGGGGAAAGCCCUUUCCUGCAUCCCCACAAAAUGAGAGACUCCUAGAAGUGGGACACAAAGAAGAGCCUCCCCAGAAGAUCUUCAAACGGGUGGGGAACUUCCAGUCCACAGGCCAAUCUUGACCUGUCAAACCAUUUCCCCUCACAUCACACCCAUCUGUAAAUCUGUUGGUGUAAUUUAUAAUGGUGGGAGGCUGACAUUUAAUUCUGUGUUGGGUGUGCACACCUUUUCCCAGCAGAGGAACAGCAGAAUUUAACCCCAAGCGGGGUUAAAUCCUGCUCGGUUUGGUUGUGUGCUCCUGUUCCCAUUUUUUGAAGGCAUCUGCUGUGUGAGGGACUUCUUCUUUGCACAGCCAGUACUUGCAACAUGCAGCCCCACGCCAGCUGAUGAGAAGGUGAGAAAGAAGCACUUCCUGGCCCUGUGCUUAGUCCUUCUUAAAGCGCCAUGGAUAGGGCUCGCAGUGCCACUUGCACUGUGGUUCCCAGGCUGGCUGGCAUUUGGGAACACAGCACAAGGGAUUUUGCCAGGUAUGUGGGACAACCCACAUGCCAAUCAUGUGAUGUCAUAACAGGGUGGUUGACCUCCAGAGCCAAAAAGUCUUAAAAUCUGGGAAGGACAAUAUAGUGAGACAUGCAUCUUCAUAUAUCUUGGUCUGAAGUAUUUAAGAGCUUUGCAAGUCAUUACUAACAGCUUGAUCUCAGACCGGAAGUGUUGUGGCAGCGGUACAAAACAGGUGUCUCAUAGCUCUGACAAAAAUGAUUUUUUCAAACAGUGCCUUUUUGCAAUUAUGAAAGGAGGCUUUAAGAUCCAUUUUAUUGGAAAAUAACUUUAGUUCUGAAAGGCUACAUUUUGAAAAGAUUUCCAAACAAGGUGGCACAAACUAGGAGGAUUACAUUUUACUUUGUGUGACUUUUUGGGUUUUAUUGUUACACGCAGUUCACGACCAAAUCCAGGAUUUCUUAGAUACUGAAGGCUACAGUUCUUAGUAUAGCCGUAUGUAAUGUAAGACAUGGGCAAAAGAUACAGCAUUUCACACGUUUUGUAGCCAAUCAGCUCAAGAUUGAACUUCUUUCUUUGAUGUAAUCUGGCUGUUCUCUCAGUAGUUCGAGGAGGCAGCAUAUGACCAACCUGCUUUUCUUUCUGAUAUGGCAUGAGUUGCUCAAGACAACUCAGUGAGCUUCAAGGCUGACUGGAAAUUGUAAACCACCCACAAGUCAAAUAUUGUGUUUACCGCACUGCGUUGACUCUGGUGGCCUAGCUGUGUGUCAUGAACUAUAUGAUAGCAUGCAUUUCAUGUUCAGUUGUAAAGCAGGGGAUGGUUAGAAUGCAGAGUGUAAUGCAAAGAAUCAGAAGGCAAGAAGAGGAUGCAACUUUUCUCCUAGCAGAGCCUGCUUCUGGCUAUGAUCCUGGCCAGAAGAAUAGCAGGCCAGGGGCAGUGGGUUGGGGUACGUGGAAGUUCUGCAGUUUGCAUUAUCCCCCACCCCAUGUCCCAGUUUAUAUCUGGCCAACCCCUGUGCUUGAAAUUGUUCUAUUUUGUUUAUAUCUUCCUGAGAUCUUUUCUUGCUGUCUUUUGAUAGCCAUGUAUUUUGUUGAUUCUUAUCUAAACUACUGUAGCUUGACUUCAAGAACUCAGAAUGGUGCUGAUGUGCACAUUGUCAUUGCCUUAUAUAGGCAUGUACAUGCCAGGUUUUGUUUUGUUUUUUUGCCUUAAACCAAAUCAAUUUCCGUUGUGGUUAUAGUCAGGAAAGCUAGUGGUAAGAAGAGCAUUUCAGUUUAUGUCAUCUCAUAUAUGCCUUGAAAACACACACACACACCCUACAUGCCUGCUUUUAAUAUUCAAGAGGAGGUAGAAUAGUAUGUUUGCGACAAACUCCAGAUAUUCUUGAAGAAACAACACACAACUGACUUUUGGGUUUUUAGAAAUGCCACCCCAUUAUCUUAACUAUUUCUUUUUAAAUGCAAAGUAAUUACUAUAUAUGAAAGAGCUGUUUGAACAUACUUGUUUUUAACGUUUUCUUAAUUAAAGCCUUUUUAUCAUACAUGCUAACAUGUCUUCUCAAAAGUUUAUUUCAUUUAAAUGAGAGGGACUUGUUCCCAAGUAAUGCUGAGGAUUGCAGCCUUGGUUGUAUAAAGCUGGGAUUUUGACCUGUAUAAAUCCAAAUCCAAAUGAGUAACACCUUGUAAUAUCAAUAUACUAUUAUGCACUUGAUGCAUUUUUGCCCUUGUCUUCUGAGGAGCUUUGAGUGUUUUAUAAAGCUCAGUAGUUCAGACAUUCAGUAUGGAAGAGAUGACUUAGGGGUGAUAGCAGUGCAGUCACAACUAUAGACCUGCCCAGGCUAGCUCGUCUCUUAAGCCAGAGUUGGCCAAGAUUGAGUCAGGAGACAGAGCUUCUCUACGUCUCAGCAGAAAGCCAGUCUGCCUUGGAAGAUGCCGUAGAGAGAUUUUUGAAAUAUUAAGCUGUGUACAAAUACUUUUAAAUAAAUAUGUUGAUGAUGCUUCCGGCAAUUAUUUAGGACAUGCUUUUUAAACACAAAUGUAACCUUGUUUUGCUGAGACUUCACAGAACUACGUUGUGUUUCCUAUUCCAGAAGAUAGUCCUUCAGCUAUGCCUCAGGGAUUUUCAUACUCAGUGAAGUUCAGAUUGUUACAUUUUCUAUUACAAUUCUGUCUUUAAGAGUACCUUUGUGAACGUUUUGUGCUGGUUAUUUUGUGUUGGAAAUUCAUUGGUCUGGUUUGACCGUAACAGGCAGUAGAAGUAUUUCUUCAUUUCACAAAGCAUCUUGCACCACCUAUUUUAUGCUUCCUCUUCUAAAUUAACUUAGCCAAACAUCUCUCUUUAACACAAUACUUUGCAUUCUAAGGUGGUAUUAGGAUGUAAUUUGGAGCUCAGUUAUUUUCCAGUUAAACUUUUUAAGUUAUUAAAGAAUUAAAUAGAUUUCUCCCAUUUAAAACUAUCCUAUGAUUACUGUAUGAUAUACUUCUUGUUUCCAUUUUAGGUGCGCAUAGCAGCGAAAUUUAUCAUCCAUGCUCCCCCGGGGGAAUUCAAUGAAGUCUUUAACGGUGAGUUGUCAUGCUGCUUUCUAGUUCUCAUGUUGAUGGUUUCAGUUACCCUUUAUGGAGGAUUUAAAAAACAAACUUUUGAAAAAAACAAAUCAAGAUGACACUUUGGAACUUCACAUUGCUUGCUCCCAUGUUUCCUUUUCUGUGUCUAUUAAUAUAAUUUCAAGACUGUUAGAAGAGUGUUCCACUUCCUAUUUUAAAAUGUAUCAGCACUUUUUGCCUAACUUUUGCCAGGUGAUCCUCCUGUUACAUUACAUAAAGUAGCUCUAACAUCACUUGCUACUGCUAGAAAUCUUUGCCAAUUUGUUUCUUCUGUGGUUGGCAUUGCAGAGUUAUAGCCAGUUUAUGGAAAAUUCCAGGAGCAUUAAAUGCCUACCAAUUUAAUGCUAGGACCCAGGAAGUUGCUAUUUUCCAUCUCUGAACAUGGCCAGUACCCUAAAACUGACAGUAUUUUUCCAUGCUUUAUCAUGACAGGCGUACGUGGUGUCUUGUAGUAGAUUACUUCCUCUCGUGGAAAACAUGUAUUUUCCGAUUAGCAAUUUCACCGUGUACUAAUGCUCAGUAUUUUUCAGAUGUUCGAUUGCUGCUUAAUAAUGAUAAUCUUCUCAGGGAAGGAGCAGCUCAGUAAGUAUCACCACCAUUUAUUGCUUCUUUCAAUGUGUUAAUGCUGAACGGAUGCAUUUAUGGGCAGCUUUUAAUAGGUUGUGUGAGGAUGGGAUAGAACAGCCCCCCCCCCCCCGCUUUUUCAUUGUGUUCCUUGCUGAUUGGUGCUCUGAAAGAUUGAAAACAGCCUUCUCCCAGAAGUAAGACAUAUCUACUCAAUAUGACUUUUUUUGGGAGGGCCAGUGAUCCCAGCCCCUAGGCCAGCAGCAGCAGGACUUAAAAGGGCAGUGUGAUCACUGCUGCAUCCAUAACCCUGCGGCUCACACUGACAAGAGUAGAUAAGGGUGAAGAGGCAGGAAAAGUAUGUGAUUAGAUUUUAUUCUGCAUAUAAUGUGUGAAUGGUGUUAAAGAUCACUGGGAAUCCAAAGGUUUGUGCACAUUAUGAGAUUUCUACAUUCAUAGUUUUAUUAUACAGGAACACAAGCUCUGAGCCCCUUAACACAAUUUGAAAAUUUAUUAAGCACAAUGGGUGGAGGAGGCGGAAAGGAUUAGUUUCUAAAUUGUACUCUAUAUCGCUUGAUGUUUCUUAAUGUCGCAAAAAAAAAUUUUUUUUACUUGAAGCUUCCUAUCUUUGUCUUUUUCAGUGCAUUUGCACAGUAUAACUUGGACCAGUUUACUCCAGUAAAACUAGAAGGCUAUGAUGAGCAGGUAUGACUAUGGUUGAAUUUAAGUUUGGUGUAAUGGUCGGUGGCAUGCUCAGUGCUCAUUGGGCUGUGUUGGGGUUGGACUCUUUAGGGGGUUAUUUUGUAAUAUAUAUAUAUGUACGUACGUACGUGUGUGUGUGUGUGUGUGUGUGUGUGUAGAGAGAGUGUGUAGAGAGAGAGAGAAUAUGUAUAGUUCACUUUAUAGCCCCAAGAGGCUCUCAGAGUAGCUUAUUCUCAAAAUAAAAUCACACUCAAACCUAAUGCUAGAACAGAAGUUACAUGAUGUCUAUAUGAAAUCAGUUCUUCACUGGUGUCAUUCCAUGCAAUAGCUCCUACCCAAAUCCUUUGAGGCAAGGGGGUGAGGUUGAGCAGCUCAAUCUUGCUUUUUACUACUACUACUAACUACUACAAAUCUUGAGUUUCCCUCUAUCCAACUAAUGCCUCCCUUUUAAAAAAUAUAUAUUUUUAUUAAAGAUUUCUUAGUUUACAAAAAUACAUGCAUUGUCUCUUUUUUCAAGUUGUGUUUUCUACAGAUCCGUUUCAUUUGUUGUGAGACAUCAGUGUUACUAAUACCUUCCUUUUGUGUGUGUGGUGCUGUAUUGGCUCAUGAGGAGACACACUUACCUCUGAACUUCAGAGAUAGAGAGAAUGAUUAAAUAUAUUAGUUUACUCUUUCUCAGUGCACUUUUGUAAUGACAAUCCCACAACUUGAUCUUGGUUUUUAAAAGAACAAUGUGUCUUUCUUUUCUAAAAGUACCACUUUAUAAAAUGAAAUGUAGAAUUUUUGAAUAACAGUAUUGAACUAUUCUGGUUUCUCAUAGAAACUAGGAUUCCCCAACUAGAAUUUGAAAACCAAUGUAAUGUAUAGAGCUGCUGUGCCAUGCCUUUAAUUAAAAAGUACAGUGGUACAAUAAUUUUUCUAACGUUCCAUUCUUUUAUUUGAUGGUGUUACCUGUGUUUUGUAUAAUCUUACAAUUACCUUUAAACUCUUUGUGCAGGUUUUAAUAACAGAACACGGUGACUUGGGCAAUGGAAAAUUUUUGGACCCGAAAAACAAGAUCUCUUUUAAAUUUGAUCAUUUAAGGAAGGAGGCUACUGAUCCAAAGCAUCAUGAAGUUGAAAAUGCAAUUGAGUCAUGGAGAAACUCCAUAGAAACAGCAAUGAGAGCCUAUGUGAAAGAACACUAUCCAAGUGGUGUUUGCACAGUAAGUGUCGCAGGAUCUAGAAAUUGCUUGGGUGGGUUAAAACCAUUAUUUUGUCUGUUGGCUUGAAUUCAGAUAUAUGGCUGGUAUACAAACGUAAUAAAUGAAUGAAUUUAGACUGUGGCAUAACUGUCUUACAUUUGUGUUGCAAGGUGUAUGGAAAAACAAUUGAUGGGCAUCAAACAAUUAUUGCAUGCAUAGAGAGCCAUCAGUUUCAAGCAAAAAACUUUUGGUAAGUAUCAUAUCGGUCAUCUGUAAAUUGGUUUCUUUUCUAUUUUAUUUUGCUCACCCCAUUGAAAGUUAUAUUGGACUUCCAUUUUCAGCAUAUUCAGUGUUUAGAACCUAUAUUCAUGGCACUAAAGCUAUAGCAAGGGUUUGUAAACUCUGGUCUGCAGACAACCAGUAGUCUACAAGCUUCAUUCAGGUGGUUCACAGUAUACCUGCAAAUAUACGAUCAGAAGUCAUACAGCAUUGAGCAAAAGUCAUGUAGCAUUGCAAUUGCUAUAACAGUAGAGAAACUAUUAAGUAGUUCACCACCAAGACCCUUGGCAAUUUUCAAGUGAUCUACGAGAGAAAAAAUGUUUUGGGAAUUACGGAGCUAUAGUAUUCAGAUUUCAACUUUUGAGCACAAUUAUGCUCUGUGAAAAUGAAAAUGGGAAUGUAUUUGGAAAAAUAUUUUAGACAAACAGUGGGUUUGUGAAAAAUGUCGUUAGAUACAUUUCCAAAAUACACAGGUAUGGGAAAAUAUAAGUAUUGCAAAUUUGCAGUACUUAUUUACUUAGAUAGGAAUCCAUUUCCAAAAUGUAUUUUCAACAUGUUGGUCGAUUUUAUAGAUUUCAUCUCAUGUGCAUGGAAAUUGUGUUGCAACUUUCUGCAUAUUGUUUACAAACUAAGUUUUUUUCUGUUUACACAAUUUGCUUUCAAUAUCCCAUCAAAGCAUCCUUUUUCAUAAUAGUUUUUAAAUCUAAAGGACGUGAAACUCAAUAUUUUGAUUCCCCACAAUGUUUGCUUACCUAAAGUUUUAUUUCAUUUAAGGAAUGGUCGUUGGCGGUCAGAAUGGAAGUUUACAAUCACUCCUUCAACCACUCAGGUGGCUGGUAUCUUGAAAAUUCAGGUAGGCUGUCUCUAAUUUAUGGUGUCUGAUUGAUAAAUCCCACGUAACUCUCAGAACACUUUCUUUUUUAACGUUUAUAUUCUUCAUUUCUACCGUUGAUGGUAUUCAACAAAGCUUACAAAUGUAUAACAUAAAUCAAAGAAAUGAUUACACAAUAGCAAAUCAAAAUUAUUAGUGGCUUCCUGGGAUGGAUUAACUAAGAGAAUUUAUCAAAUACUAAAGCAUAUUGUGUCAGAGCUAUACAGUAAAACACAGCAAAAGCAGCAGUAGAUGCAUUAGGAAACCACUAAGUGCUGUCCAGAACUAAAAAUAAACCCAGCUUACACUCAGUCAACCAAAUUUCCUUGGUGUCAGCCAAACUUUCUAGGGAUGGAUUUCUAUAAAUAGGGUACAACCAUGGAAAAUGUCCUCUUUGGUAGUCGUCCAAUCACUGCCAAAGGCAAGAGUGCCCAUAGAGAACAUAAUAAGAGUAGUGACUAAGUUGUGAUGCUCCAGGUGUUUGUGGGCUCUUGAUCAUUGGCCAUGCUGGCUGGGGCUGAUGUUUUUUGAAAUAUGAACAGCACCUGGAAGACCUGAAGUCAGAUACAUCUGGCCUACCGUGAUAAUUUCAGUAACCAGGCAGAUUUAUUUGGAAGAAGUUGUAUUCUAAUCCCAGUCUAUUCAGGACUUUAUCAUUGAGAACCAGUACUUUGAGUUCUGUUGAAACAAAUUGUUACAUAACUAUUAUAGUGAUGAUUUAUCAGUGAAUCAGUACAGUGGUACCUCACAUUACAGACGCUUCAGGUUGCAGACUCCGCUAACCCAGAAAUAGUACCUUGGGUUAAGAACUUUGCUUCAGGAUGAGAACAGAAAUUGCGUGGCGGCAGCGGGAGACCCCAUUAGCUAAAGUGGUACCUCAGGUUAAGAACAGUUUCAGGUUAAGAAUGGACCUCCAGAACGAAUUAAGUUCUUAACCCGAGGUACCACUGUAAUUAAAAGCCUACACCUUGAAGUUCUAAGCAUUUAUUCCGCUAUACAGUUGGCUAAUUGUCUAAAUAAAUUGUUGUUACUAUUUUUUUUAAGUAUCUAAAGAAAUAAAAAUAAAGGCAAAUUCAGUAAUUGUGGAUAUCAGGUUUUUCAACAAAAUCUUCCCUUUACACUCCCUCUCCGUACAUUCUGAAAAUAUGUAUUCUGGAGUUUCAAAACCCUCUCCUUACUUCCCUCAUCCGCCCCUCCCCAAAAAGAAAUGGAAAAAAACUAGAAGUGAAACAAAAGGAGCAAACAUCUAAAUCUGCAGUCCAUAUUAUUCAAAUAAAACAUGCACUCUAUUCUGUGCAGAAACUAAUGGGAAAAGACACAAAUGCAAACACUUUUAGUAGACCUUCAGUCUACUAAAGGUUGUGUUGCUUUGUUGAGAGAAGGUUUUGUCAGUGGAAUGGGAAAGGGAACUCGUUUAGGGCUUAGGGGACCUUAUAGAGCAGACUUAGGAGAUGCAUGAGGGACUGCAGGGGAGGGGGAAAUACUGAAAGGGCUUCCCUAUUCUGCUGAUCAGCAGAAUGACAAUGCUGGGUAGAACCAUAAGUGCUAAUUCUUACGCAACUGUUUUGAAUGGGGUGUAAUAUUGCUCACUCUUCCUAAUACGCAGUGCCGUUAUCCCUAUGCGGUAAUCUUUAUCCCGUUUAACUUUGUACGUAGGUUCAUUAUUAUGAAGAUGGAAAUGUUCAGCUAGUGAGUCAUAAAGACAUACAGGAUUCUCUAACAGUGACUGUGAGUAUCUUUCUUUUGUAGGAAACAUUUUUAAUUAGUCACGUAAGGUUGACUCCAGAGUUAAAUGUAUGUGUGACAAGCCUAGUUUCCCCUGAAAAUUUGCUCCCAGGGGCGGGGGCUCCGCUUGAUAGGAUAUAUAGUGGUGCAGGUUGAAGGGAGGGGUCCUCAAAAAAACAGGUGAUGGCACUUUCUAUGUGUGGGAGUAAUUCUUGUGGAAGGUGCCUCCACCUGGUUUUCAAGGAUUCCCCUCAGACCCCAACACCACAAUACAACUGGUUUUGAAAACCCCAUUUCUUAAAAUAGAAAAACAACAACAGUUUGCCAUGAAGAAUGGGGUGCUCUGUUCGAGAAACGAAAUAUAAUGCCCACUUCAGUAUGCAGAACUAGAUAUAUUGGUGUUUUUUUGGUUCAUGCCUGCACGAUCUAUGAUGGAGCAACUAUUUUCUGUACAGGAAUUCAUGCUUGGGAAAUUAAAUGGCUUUUCGGAUGGCUUCAUUUUGAUGCAAAACUAGGCCAAGUAACAAGACUUUAGUCUGUUAAGAACGCUGUGAAUUGAAGACACAAAUCUAAUCCAUUUGAUUUGGAAACAUGGUGAUUAGAGGAGCAACAUUAGUGGAAUUUACAGCUUCUAGAGCAGGCUUCCUCAACCCUCCAGAUGUUUUGAGACUACAAUUCCCAUCAUCCCUGACCACUGGUCCUGCUAGCUAGGGAUCAUGGGAGUUGUAGGCCAUAAACAUCUGGAGGGCGCCUGUUCUAGAGCCCUUAGUAUUGAGUUUAAGUCACAGCUGCUUCAGGAGCCUUGCUGGAAAACUGAGCAAAUCUCUCAAACAGAAUGAGAGCUGUGCUAAAGUACCAUGGUCAGCUGUGACACUUGUGUCAAUACUCUUUCUGUGUCUUUACUAUUUUCCCGCUAGUGCAUGGUCCUAUGUUGGUGGAAAGUACAUAAUCAGGCUCUUGUUUGGCAGAUCAAAGAGUAGAAUCUCAAUCCACGAUCUGCCUAAACCCAGCUCUAGCCUUCUAUGUUAAACAUAUGCAUUCUAAUGUGUAAUGCAGAAGGGGCAGUUGGCUCCUUGUUUAUGAGCUCAAAAAAUGGAGCUUUAAUGAGUGUUGGAUCCCUGAAACCUCAGUAAGAGAGUUGACAAUCUGCAUAGAGUUGUCCUCUGAGUGAUGAUAAGCUGGGGAACAGAAACCGUAGUUGACUUGAGCUUCCCUUCUUUUCUCUGACUUGUCCGAAAAAGAUUCUUGACUCGCUUCCAGAAGGGAAGUUUAAAAACUGCAGAAAGUCCCGCAAGGUCCACUUCUGACAAGAUGAGAAAGUAUAGGAAUUAGUACUGAGCUUGUAAGUUACCAGUAAAAAAAACAACUCAUGACAAGCACCCCCAUAGAUGACACCUGUGUUUUGCAGAUAAUACUGACAGGUUACAGGCUUGUUGCAAAACACACAGAGAACGUGUAAGCCCUUGAAUAGUGGGGGGGAAACCUAUGUAAUUGUUUAUAUUCAUUAUAAUGUCUGAAAUGACUGUCUUCAGGAGAUGAUUGUUUCAGUGCAAUAUUAAAAAAAAACUUCCCCUUUACCCUAGAAUGAAACCCAAACAGCAAAGGAAUUUGUAAAGAUCGUAGAGGCUGCAGAAAAUGAAUACCAGGUAUGUAAUAAGUCUGCAACAUACAAUGUAGUUACUUUCCUGAAUCUUUUUGACAAUGUUCUCACUACAAUAUGUGUUCAGGAGCAGCCAGAAAAUGGGUAGAAAUAUUCAGAAUCUGAAAUCCUUACUGGAAGAGAAAGGGCAAAGCUUUGCUGGGUAUGUACCUUUCUAUACCCACUUAAUAAACGGAUACACACCCUCUUUCCGAGGAUUUCAGAAUGUGAGUUCAAAUAUACGAUGCUCAAAAGGCCACUUCAAGUAAUGGGCACUACUAUGGGGCCUUACUACUUUUUAAAGCCUAACUCUGGGUAAGGUUGUUGUUGUUUUUAAAUAAAUAUCUGUGGUUGUAGAAAAUGCUUGUCUUAAAUCAGUCCUCUGAACUGAAAACAUUGUAUAGUCUGCAACGAAUUUCAAAUUUUACUUUUUGGGAAUACCCAUUUAGAAUACAGCUAUUUUUGUUGAUGGAAAAUGAACCUGUUCAGCCCAGACAUUGUGUUUUCUUUUCCUGGAAUGGAUUGAGGAGUUAAGAGUAAGGAAUUGCUUGGUUCUGUUCUCUUCCCCCUCCUUCUUUUGUAUGUGAUGAAACCAAUUCAGUUUAACACAGCAAGGGCAUGUGUAAUUAAUUCAUAAAAGCCAGUAAACAGAUGUGCAUUUUUUAGGGGAAUAUGCUCCCCUCUCUGUAUUUUCUUUUGUGCCUUCCAUAGUUGAAGGAUGUCAAAAGUAAGAUUUCUAGCUAAUUAUGUUAUCCAUAUUUAAUUACACCAUCUGAAGCACAUGUGUUUCUUACAUCAACGUCGAAAUAAGUUCCUUCAGAUGCGGGCUGGUUUUGUUUUUGCAGGUUAGUUCUUGUUAUAUCUGUUUUCACAUCAAACUGUGUAUUUCUAUAAUCUACAUGUUCUACCUUUUCCGUGAACAGACUGCUAUCAGUGAAAAUUAUCAAACUAUGUCGGACACUACUUUCAAGGCCUUACGACGACAACUGCCAGUUACUCGCACAAAGAUUGACUGGAACAAGAUCCUUAGCUACAAGAUCGGGAAAGAAAUGCAGAAUGCCUAAAAUGAAGGUUGCAAAGCUGGAUCCUUUCGGUGUCCUUGUAUACAAAAUUAAAGUGAUUGCAAAGGUAUUCGGAAUUGUUAAAGUCACCCAGUCAGCAUGGGCAUUUGCCGUUGAAAAUCACUGUACGUAGUUUGGUUAGAACACAGGCUUAGCUAAUUGACCAUUUUACUUUGUCCUUUUGUUUCUCCUUUGAAAGGUUACAAAAAAUCAGUGUAGCUGAAAAUGUUGAGAGCUUCUGAUAUAUUUAGACUUUUUUUAUAAUGAUGACAUGCCUAUAGUUUUCAGUUCAAUUAAAAACAAUUUGAGAAAUGUUUUUUGCAUCCGGUGAUCACUUGUUGCUUCGCUUUCGUGCAAAAGGGCAGCUUCUAGAACACAGUUCCCUAGAACAAGUUGUUACUGGACAUCGCCAGUUUCACAUUCAACAUGGAUUUUAGCCAUGUGUAUUGUUGUAGGAAUAAUUAUCCCUCCACUGUAUGAAAGCCUGCAGAAAGCAUUCUAUAUCCAAACCUUUUCAGUUACUUAGCUAGCUAGGUGUUAAGUUUUUUUGUUUUGUUUUUUUAAGAAAAAGGCCAAGGUCUAAUGCUGUUUUUAAGGUGUUGAAAUUAAACAUUAGUGCUUAUUUUGGAAAUGCAUUUAGUGCUCUGUUCCUGACAGCUGUUCAAAUGAGAUCGGAUUCCAUCAGUCCUCAAGUUAAUUUUACCACGCAGCCACAAUUGUAUUAUAACAACGCAUAUUGUAAUAUAUAUAUAAUCCUGUACUCGUUACUGUGUCUGCCAGUUUUUUUCUCUUGGAUUGAACUGUACUAAAAUUCAAUGUGACAUUAAAAAAUGCAAAUUUUCUAUUUA